AUGGCCAACUUUACAACCCUUGUGGAUGCUGGGAGGAACUCAUGCACCUUCCACGAAGAGUUCAAGCAGGUCCUGUUGCCCCUGGUCUAUUCAGUGGUGUUCACGGUGGGAUUGCCCUUGAACGCUGUGGUUAUAGGGCAGAUCUGGGUGGCCCGGAAGGCGCUGAGCCGCAGCAUGAUCUACAUGCUGAACCUGGCCAUGGCUGAUCUGCUCUACGUCUGCUCCCUCCCUCUCCUCAUCUACAACUACACCCAGAAGGAUUAUUGGCCUUUCGGGGACUUCACCUGCAAAUUUGUCCGCUUCCAGUUCUACACCAACCUCCACAGCAGCAUCCUCUUCCUCACCUGCAUCAGCAUCCAGCGCUACCUGGGCAUUUGCCACCCCUUGGCCUCAUGGCACAAGAAGAAGGGGAAGAAGCUGACAUGGCUGGUGUGCGCCGCAGUGUGGUUCAUCGUCAUUGCCCAGUGCCUGCCCACCUUUGUCUUCGCUUCCACCGGCACCCAGAGGAACCGUACGGUCUGCUACGACCUGAGCCCGCCAGAUCGCUCCGCUGCCUACUUCCCCUACGGCAUCACCCUCACCGUCACCGGCUUCCUGCUGCCCUUCGCGGCUAUCCUCGCCUGCUACUGCAGCAUGGCACGGAUCCUGUGCCAGAAGGACGAGCUCAUCGGCUUGGCAGUGCACAAGAGGAAGGACAAGGCCGUGCGUAUGAUCAUCAUUGUGGUCAUCGUCUUCUCCAUCAGUUUCUUCCCCUUUCACCUCACCAAGACUAUCUACCUGAUCGUCCGUUCCUCACCUAGAGUGCCCUGCCCAGCUCUGCAGGCCUUUGCCAUCGCCUACAAGUGCACGAGGCCCUUUGCCAGCAUGAACAGUGUCCUCGACCCCAUUCUCUUCUACUUCACCCAGCGCAAGUUCCGUGAGAGUACCCGUUACCUCCUCGACAAGAUGAGCACCAAGUGGAGGCACGACCAUUGCAUCACCUAUGGCUCCUAGGUGAGGACAAGAACCACCUCAGUGGCACCAAAGCAUGGAGCAGUUUUGGCUCUAAGCUCCACAGAGCAG